AUGUGCUUGGAUACGGCCACAAAUCGACGUGCAUUCAUGAAAAAAGUUGCUCUCAUGGAUAUGAUUUCGGAGGAGUACGUUUAUGUGGAUAUCAAUGCUGACGAUGUUGAUCCUAACGCACUGAAGGAAUUUCAAGCAAAAGUAGUCGCGCGUAUGGCCACCUGGGCCCGCCAUCUUCAUGACGUUUUCUACCUCUACGGACUAUCCCUGAAUGAUUCACUGACGUUGGAUCCAAUUAAUGGGGUGUCCAACGCCACGGCUCUUUCUCAAUCCAUGGAACGAAGUUUUCUAGGUGAGUAG